GAUCCUGGGAGCUCGUGCGUUCUCGGCUUUUCAAUGGGAGGGGCUAACUGAUGGUUCUGAGCAGCACUAAGAUAACGCCGAAAGAAAAGGGUGACAUGUUCCUCAUGCAUCAAGCUGAUGUUUACUUUACAUCUUAAAUACUGAGACUGGCAGAUAUUGCGCAAUUUAUUAGAGAAGAAAAUGACCAUGAUCACCAGAAGGGAUCACUCCUUUGGAGGACCAUCUUGCUCUCCCCCAGUGCAUGCUUUUCUGCAACCCACUAGUGAGCCGUAAGGUCCUGCCCACACACCCACACGUCCACACGCGGAAAGGACCGAUUUGCUCAUGCUGGUUUGGCUGGACUGUCCCAUUUCCUACCAUGAAGAGGCCCAAGCAGCAGUCUCAGCCUUUUAGCUUUCUGAGCUUCUUCAGUCGCAAACCCAAAUCAGACACCAAGACCGAGAAACCCACUGCAGCCCUAAGCCGAAGAGAGGUGGCCAUUACACUAACCCCCAAAGAGCAGGAGACCAGAGAGCAAGAGCCCAAUCUCAGUGAGAGAGAUGGCACUGGAAAUGGCAGUGAAGGAGGCUUGGUGGAGGGCGAGGGAGGUGGGGGCGAACAGGCAGCAGAGUGCGGGAGCAGUGGCUCCACGGGCGUCCUGACCCUGUCAUCCUCCAGCCAGGAGCAACUGCUCGAGCACCUGGUUGAGUGCCCCCUGUGCCUGCUGAGCCAGCCACGCGACCACUUCCCAAAGUUGUCCUCGUGCCCGCACCGGGCAUGUACCGACUGCCUGCGGCAGUAUCUGCGCAUCGAGAUCUCCGAGAGCCGCGUGGGUAUCGCUUGCCCGCAGUGCCCCGAAACGCUGGCGCCCCCGGACGUGCGUGCCAUCCUCGACGAUGGAGCCCUGCUAGAGCGCUUUGAGGAGUACCAGUUGCGCCGCUUCCUGGCCACCGACCCUGAUACGCGCUGGUGCCCAGCACCAGACUGCAGUUAUGCAGUGAUAGCGUUUGGCUGUGCCGAGUGUCCUAAGCUGAGCUGUGGCCGGGAGGGCUGUGGCACUGACUUCUGCUACCACUGCCGCCAGCUGUGGCACCCAGACCAGACGUGUGACCAGGCCAGGAGGCAGCGUGCCCGGCACACGCUGGGGGCGAAUGAAGCCUCCGCCCUCUACAUCUUCAGCGAGGAGUCUGGCGGAGAUGCAGAGGAGAUUAAAGCGUGUCCGCGCUGCGGAGCCUACAUCAUGAAGACCAAUGAUGGCAGCUGCAACAGAAUGAACUGUACGGUGUGUGCCUGUCAGUUCUGCUGGCUGUGUAUGCAGGAGAUCACAGACGUGCACUACCUCAGUCCAUCAGGCUGCACUUUCUGGGGAAAGAAACCGUGGUCCCAGACCCGAAAGGUUCUGUGGCAGGUGGGAAUGCUGCUGGGAGCUCCGGUAGUGAUUUCACUCAUCGCGGGCAUCGCCAUACCUGUCAUCAUUGUGGGCAUCCCCAUUUACAUGGGCCGCAAGGUUCAUGGUCGCUGUAAGAAAAAUAAUAUCUCAGGAAGUAAACAUUAUUUGACAGUGGCCAGCGGGGUCAUGACGUCCGUGUUUGUCUCUCCUGUCAUAGCAGCCAUCACUGUGGCAGUUGGAGUGCCUCUGAUGUUGACUUAUGUUUACGGUGUGGUUCCCAUGUCCCUGUGUCGGAAUGGCUGGUGCAGGCCUCAAACUGAACCCCCUGAAACACGCAAGAUCCAGCUGGAAGAUCUGGCCACUUAUCUUUUGUUUUCUCAUGUAGUCAGUGACCACUGGACUGGACAGCCCAAGCUGACUCAGAAUGACAGAAGUGUCCAGGAGGUGAGUGUGAGUGUGAGUGUGGAGGAAGUAGCAGCACUGCCUAGUACCAGCGCUGCCCUGCCACAGCCUGAGGACUCCCUGGAACCACCCGAUAACAGACAGACAGACAGUGCUGAGCAGGACGGCCAGUCAGACGAUGCAGCUGAAGAGUGUGCUUUCAGCAUUGGUCAGGCUUUCGUCUUGAGGGAAGGGACCAACAUUGAGGUGCGAGUGGAGAUCGAGGCACAGCCACGGGGGGGCCGCCAGCCCAGCCUCAGCAGUGUCCUCUCCAGCAGGAGCCUGUCAGCGGAUUCCCUCCACCAGUCCCACGAACCUCCCUGUGCCCCACAGCAGCUGGUUGGCGGAGAGCCCCAGCCACUCACUGAGACAGACAGCGUCUGAGCCUCACCCAGGCCCCACUGCUUCCACCGCCCACUGCACCUCCCACCGACCGCCUUGAGCCUCUGCAUCUGAACAGAGUCAGCGAUGUGGAAACCACUGGACUGAGAGAGGGAGAGAAAGAAAAAGCAAAUGAGGAGGGGUUCAAAAUAAUGAGAGAGGGCACCAAGACACCCAGGUUGACUGCCAAAAUGUGAUGACUAUAAUUCACGGAAAUGACCGAAAGCAUGUUUGUCAAGUAGUCUUAUGGGUGUUAGCCUUUUUUACUGUGUUACAAUGGAGAGACUGUCUAUCCGAAUAGUAUUAUACUUAAUUUAUUUGUUUAGCCCUUCUAAUAGCUAUAAUAUACCCCUAUAUUUAGUAGCAGCCCUGUAAAUUAAUGACGCAAUGACCUGAUUUCUUCUGUAAGGGUCCGUGGCCUAAUUUGACAUAAAAAUGGAGACAGUGACAGUGUGGAAUUGGCUGAAGAUGAUAGUGCUAUAGGCUAAUGUGCAACAAGGUAUCUAUGGCUUUCCCCAGUAUUGUUCAUUCACCUGAAUUAUGCAAGAUUUUACAUAACACCAGGCACUGUGCCAUUUCAAUGUCAUUCUUAUAAUAAUUUCUUAAAUAAAAUCAAAGCUGCCUAUAUGUAGCAGUAAACUAAACCUGUAGAUUUAUAGGCACACUAAAAUAAAUACAGUCAGUAUAUUUGCCAAAAUCAAUUAGUUGUUUAUUUCUUUCUUUCUUUUUUAAUGGUCUCUAACUGCACUGUCCCAAGUGUGUAAAACCAGAAACUGCUUACAGAAAUUUAUUUGAACUUGUGUUAUUUUAUGCAAUUUCUAGUGGGCCUCCAUGUCUUUUCCCUGUAGACCUGAUGAACCAGUAAACUUGACUCAACUUAGUUCAUACAUCUGGAUGGGAGCUUAAGUUUCACAAGUAUAGAGUCGUCAUGUGCAUUAGUUUUUUGUACUGACGACAAUAGAGGAAUAGGUAUUAUGUUUGCCCAGCUAUUCUUGUGUACAUGGGAAAUCAAGAGUCUCCGAAAGGCUAGGACCGAAACAGAAAUAGCAGUCUUAUAGGCUGACUUAAUAUUGCCAUAUGCAUCUGUUUUCAACUGCAUGAGCGUAACUCUCUUAGUAAAAAAGACGGCCCCUUAAAUCACAUGGGCAGCAUAUAGAGACACAAAGCCAUUGUGAUGCUGUUUGCAGGAAACAACUAGAUCUCUCUGCCCCAAAGGAAGGCCUCCUACAGCAUGUCAGCUGAGGCUUGGACUUUCCUGAGAAAAAUCUGAUAGACAUGAAGAAGGCCCCUGAAUGUAACAUGACUUACAGUGACUAUACUUUGUGGGUCAAAAUACCUGCUUUUCCAAAGUUACCUGAACAUAUGUGCAAUGUAAACUUGGACAAAUGAGAUGCUAUGUGAAUAAAAAGAUUUGGGGUGAAAGAUGAA